GGGCAGCCACGGCGGGUUCCACACGUGCGCAUUUCAUUUUUGUUUGACGAAUAAAACGCGUAAAGAGACCAGCGGCCGUCUAGCUCUAAAGAUGUUGAGCGACUCCGAGGCCGCCGAGCUGCUCUCCUUCCUGACGCCUGCGACGCGGCCCGACGUCAAAGGCCACACAACCAGCUACAUCCUGGGCUUGUCGGGAAGCAGAGAUGGCUGCCGCUUCCUCCGCGGCAGACCCGACAUCAUCGCUGCUCUUUUCGCGCUGACGUCCGACCAGUCUAUUGCCAUCGCAAAAGACAUCUAUCACAUCCUGAUCAACCUGUCGGCCGACGAGACGUUGCACCAGGUGCUGGUGACAGACAUUGGCAUGGUCCCCUCGCUCCUCAAGAAACUGAAGGAUCCGCAGUUCCCGUUUGCCGACAAGAUCUGCACCAUCCUGUCCAACCUGACGCGACACCAGAAGACGUGCAAGACGCUCUUCAAGCUGUUGGAGGAAGAAAUGGGCCUGGCUCAGCUGGUGGACAUCUUUUGCACGGAGGAUUACAACCCGCACGCCAAGAUGCACUACCUGGCUCCGCUGCUGUCCAACCUCGCGCAGCUGCCCGACGCCAGACGCUUCCUGAUGGACAGAGACAGGUGCGUGGUCCAGCGCUUGCUGCCCUUCACGCAGUUUGAGGCCUCGGUGGUGAGGCGCGGUGGAGUCGUCGGCGUCCUGCGCAACUGCUGCUUUGAUCACGCCAAUCACGAGUGGUUGCUAAGCGACCGAGUGGACAUCCUGCCUUUCCUGCUGCUUCCGCUGGCCGGUCCCGAAGAGCUGAGCGAGGAUGACAACGAAGGUCUACCCGUGGACCUUCAGUACCUGCCGGAGGACAAAAAGAGAGAAGAGGACCCAGACAUCCGGCAAAUGCUCCUGGAGACGCUCAUGCUGCUGACGGCGACGAAGGACGGCCGACGGACUUUGAAAGACAAGAAUGUGUACGUCAUCAUGAGGGAGUUCCACCGCUGGGAGAAGGACCCCAAAGUCAUCUGCGCCUGUGAAAAACUGGUGGAGGUGCUGAUCGGGGACGAGCCGGAGCAGGGCAUGGAGAACCUGCUGGAGGUCAACAUUCCGGAACACGUGGAGGAGAAGCUGAAGGAGGCCGACGCCAAGGAACAGCAGGAGCUGCAGGGCGAAGAGGAGAGAGGGAAACGAGAAGAGGAGGAGGAGGAACAGACGGACAACAGGCAGGAGUAAUGCUAUUUGUGACAUAUUUUCAUGAACACAUUUUUUCUAUGUAGGGUAAGAACUGGAAGGUGUGCACCUAAUUCACAGCUAUACGGGGAUUGUCACGUGACCAAACCUGCAAAACAGGUGAGCGGACUUCCUUGUGAAUGCCGCGAUGAACGACAGCUGGCGUCUUCCCACGACACUUGCGUAAACAUAAAGCUUCAAAAAACGACUGUCGUCAUCUUUGGUAGCUGUCGAAGACAUCCUGUCCAUCCAAAUGAUUUAAAACACAAGACGGCUAAAACGUUUUAAUAUUUCUCCAGAAGCGAGGUCCCGGUCUCCUGCUGAAUUGGAAGGAAGCGCUUCCAAAAUCUUUUGCUCAAUGUGGAAAGUUGCUUGCACACAAUCACUACGGAUUAAAGAGUGCCUCACAAUGGACAGUUACAAUAAAUAGAUGAAUAUGUGAUAAUUAUACUUUUUCGAGAGAUUCUUCAUAAGUGCGGCGCUGUGCCGCUCACGGCUGGGUAUGGAAGUAUUCCUCCGUCUUCCCGAUCAACCGAUUACUCCUAUUUCUUCAUCAGAUGAGGAGAAAUCUGAGAAAUCAGCGCUGGGCAUAAAUGUAAUCGAGCGUUUAGAACGGCACGUAACACGUCACAUCCGCCCACGUAGGUCAGGUGACUCACGAAAAUGGCAGCGCCCCUGAAAAUUCAUCAUUGGCGAUAAAAAUCUUCUCUUCUAGAGAGGAUUUAACAUCACAUUGUCAAAAUCGAUAACAUUCAGGUUCUUGAAGUGUAUGAAGAAGUGGCCUAAAAUCAUAAUAUACAAACUCCUGAGCCAAGAUUCAAACCUGGAUCCUUGCCACCACUAUUUCCCCUUACAGCUCCUCCAAAUUUCUAAAUGCAGAAGGAAAAAAUAUGCAAAGAACUUUCUCCUGAUUGUAAAUGUUAUUCAAAGUUUUUGCCAGCAGAUGGCGCCUACAUCCCGUACUAUAAUGUCCGUGUUUUUGCUCUGAUGCAAUAUUUCAGGUUUUUGUUUUUUUUUUAUCCCUGUUUUUAACAUUUCCUGGCUCGAAACCCCCGAAAGAAGUGUCACCUGUUUGUUUGUGUGCGUUCAUCACCGGAGCCACUGAAAGCGAUGCCUUGUUAAAAUUAAACUGGUCUGUAUGUG